AAAAUAAUUACCUCUCUAGUGAACUCCAUAGUCCCAUACAAUGUCCUUGAGACCCAUCACAACUACUAUCCGGACAUCCAAAAAAGACAGCAGCGGCCACGAGAGAUGGGAGGAGAUUGACUCGACAGUAAGCGAGGCGUCGGUCAAGGCUGAUCGGGGCGAUGUCCAAUUCGAAUUGAAGGAGCAGGACAUCAAGAGUAAGAAGAAAGUUCGGCCGGAUUUCGAGCCUGAGCCGACUGUUCAUGAUAUGUGAUUAUCAACUGGUUGCCAUAUGUCUUUGAGGUGCGAUGCGAUCAAGAAUGUCACUUAUUGGUAUCAUCUAUAUCUAUCGAAAUUGAACUAAUAAUUAAG